UCUGCAAAAAGCCUGGUCAUUGAUAACUGCUUUCUAUACAAUAACAUAUAGUGUCUGUCCUUGGUUAUCCACAGUUUGCCUUAGCUAUGGAACUGACUGGCUUUUUGCUGCUCUUUCUAUUAUCUGUCCUCCUGAUACUUCUGGCUCAGAGGUUCUUUAGUAAACAAGGAAAUCUUCCACCAGGUCCUACCCCACUCCCUCUGCUGGGAAACCUGCUGCAACUAAAAAGCAGAGAGAUACACACAGUCAUGUUACAGCUCAGCAAAAAGUAUGGCCCUGUAUAUACUUUGUACAUAGGCCCUUUCCCUUCAGUGGUUCUCUGUGGCUACAAAGCUGUGAAGGAGGCUUUGGUGGACCAAGGGGAGCAAUUCAGUGGCCGAGCUAUACUGCCCGUAGUGGAUCUAACCAGCCAACAAUAUGGUAUAGCUUUUAGUAAUGGUGAGCGGUGGAAAGAGCUGCGACGCUUCUCGUUGACCACCCUACGUAAUUUUGGGAUGGGAAAGAGGAGCAUUGAGGAGAGAAUUCAGGAGGAGAUUCACUACUUAUUGGAUGCAUUUCAUGAAACACAAGGGUCACUAUUCAGUCCGGCUUUCUUUAUCCGACGCUCAGUUUCUAACGUUAUUUGUUCUGUGAUCUUUGGAAAGAGAUUUGAAUAUACAGAUCAGAAGUUACAAAAGCUACUAGACCUGAUGUCAGAAAAUCUACGUCGUGUGGACAAUGUCUGGGUUCAGCUGUACAAUUUCUUCCCAUUUAUUCUGAACCUACUCCCUGGGCCUCAUCACAAGCUGGCAGAAAAUUACCAGGAGCAAAUGCAAUAUGUUGAAGAGAUUGUAAAAGAGCAUGAAGCCACACUAGACCCAUCAUCCCCCAGAGAUUAUAUUGAUGCUUUCCUCAUAAAAAUGCAGCAGGAAAGCAAGAAUCCGCAAAGUGAAUAUUCCAAACAAAAUCUUUUCUCAGCUGCUCUGGAUAUAUUUUUUGCAGGGCAGGAAUCCACUAGCAGUACUUUGGGAUAUGGACUGCUAAUCCUUAUGAAGUACCCUCAUAUUAAAGAAAAGGUCCAGGCUGAAAUAGAAACUGUUAUCGGAAGGUCUCGAAGACCUUGCAUGGAGGACCGAGCCAAGAUGCCUUAUACAGAAGCUGUUCUUCAUGAGAUCAUGAGGUUUAUUGACUUCCUACCUAUCGGAGCCCCCCGUUCAGUGACAGAUGAUACUAAGUUCAGAGAAUACACCAUACCAAAGGGAACCACUGUCUUUGCACUUCUCCAUUCUGUGCUCUAUGAUCCAUCUCUGUUUGAAAACCCUGAUGUGUUUGAUCCUCAACAUUUCUUAGAUCAGAAUGGUUCUUUCAAGAAGAGUGAGGGCUUUAUGGCAUUCUCUGCAGGUAAACGGAUCUGUCCUGGGGAGGCCCUAGCUCGUAUGGAGCUGUUCCUGUUCUUUACCUCAAUCUUACAGAAGUUUGACCUUGAUCCUUUCGGCACCCCUGAAGAUAUUGACCUUUCUCCAGAAUAUAGCGGGUUUGGGAAAAUGGCUCCCUCUUAUAAACUGAAGCUUAUUGCAUAUUAAAUAGUGCAUCUCUAUGUGUUUAAAAUCAGCAGUAUUCAAAGUUCUGUGAGGGAAUCGGCAUACUACCUCAAAUGUCUAAUGACAUGUCUAAUCUUUUUCCUUUACUUGGUUAAAACAUGCAGAACAGAGAGAGCUCACUGCCUGUCAAAUAGUACAGAAUACAUAAGCCAGUCACUGAGUGCCACCUCAUGUGUAUACGCCACUAUAAUGAAGUUAUCUUGCAUUCUAUUGAAAUGAUAUUAAAGGACCAGUUCACACUAGAGCUGCAAAUGCUUAGCUGCAUUAGCACAGUCUUACAAAUUAAAAUCAAUGUAUAAACAAUAAACUUAGCAAUAUAAAAAGUUUUUUUUUUUUUACUUUUUAGUUUGUAUUUUACCUAUUAAUCUCAAUGCCACUGGAACUCCCAGUUAAAAGGGCUGGACAACAAAGAUCUAUUAUCACGCCCCCUGACCAAUUAAAUAUAGCUAUUUUAAUCUAUGCAAAUGUUAUGAGUGUGUAUGCAAUGUGAUGAGCUUCACCUGCAUGUAUCCUAAAUAAAAAUGUAUUUGGUAUUUAUACCCUUUAUGUGUUACAGUAGAGUAGCAAAGGGUUAAAUGGAGAGUGAUUUGACCUACGUAAAACAUUCUGCUCAUAAAGCAGAGCGGCAGGAAGCCUUAAGAAAGAAAGCCGUCAGGGGAUCAAACCCAGAUCAGAGCACUCACUAAUUAUCUUGACGACGGGUGUGCUGCUAAAUAUGCAGAGCUACAAAUGUUGGCAGUUGAUUCCAUUCUGUGGCAGGAGGGGUACGAUGAGCAUGUGAUUUAGUAACAUGUAUAACCUCUCUGACCCCCAAGCCUGUAAAUUACUGGGAAUUGUACUUUACAGCAGAGCUCCGUCUCAUUAAAAUGUCACUGUUAUCCCAGCAAGAAAAUAAACUGUUUACAGUUGAA